CAUAUCGGAGCAAAGUGUUGUUGGUAAUGUAUUAUUGUUUAGAAUUUAGUGAAAUUAUAGCCACUGUACAUAUGGGCAUAGGUGUCAACCUCCGAAACCUCCAAUGAGGGAGCUUAAUUAAGUUGUCACUCAUUCCACAUUUCGAAUGAGGGAGAAAGUGUGCAAAACGUGACUCAAACUGCCAUGUUCAAUUUAUCUUUCCCUUUUUAUGUAUCAAAAUAACUGCAAAAAGCAUUCAUUUGAUUCAGACACACCUAUUAUGAUCAUUGCAUAUACCCUUCAGUAACUAGGAGAUCAUUUGACCAGAGGAUGUAGAUUUUGUAUGAGUUUGGACAUGAAUGAGGGAGUUUCGCAAUCUGAUUAAAAUCAUCUGUUAAAUGGCUCCUCCUGAGGCGUAGUACGUUAUAGAAACCAUAUAACAGAUGAUUUUAAUCAGAUUGGGAGUUUCGUGGGAGAUUUGUAAAUCUUGGUCAAAAUGAGGGAGGUUUGACAGUUACGUGUGAGUAUUGUAAAAUAGUCUUCAGACAUAAUUAUAUUGGUGUUAUGCAUCAUUUUGCAAAUAUGAAAAUAUCUGAGAGAUAACUCAACAUUCAGGUUAAUGAUCCAAAUGAAUUUAAGCUUCACAAAAUACAUGUAUUCUAAAAAUAUUUGAAAUACAGAUUGUGGAUAAAGGAAAAUUAUGAUAUUUACAGUUGAAAAUCUUAAGAACCUGUUGAAAUCAGAUCUUCAAACAAAUCUAACUGGUAGUGGUACUGGACUCUACACAUUUGCAUGUAAAUCUCAGGGUGGUCAGGUGGCGCAGUGGAUAACGCAUUCACCGUUCACCAAGUUGUUUUCCAGGUGGUAUGAAAGAUGCCACCGACCUUGACCUUUCCCAGACUGCCUUGAGGGAGACAUUUGAGGAGAUGGGGCUUCCAAUGGAGAGAGUCAGUUUGUGGGGAAAUAUGCCCAAAGUUCCUAGUAAGAAGGAUGGGAAAAUUCAAGUGACACCAUAUUUGGGAUUCUGUGGAGAUAUGGACCUCUCCAAACUGGCACUGGAUGAAUCUGAGGUGGAUGCUGUGUUUACCAGGACUCUCGCUUCCCUCUGCGAUCCAGGUAAUGUUGGCUCCACCCAGUUCAGGGCUGGCUUCACACUCCCCGUUUUCCUGGGCGGGGAGUUGAGGAUUUGGGGAAUGACUGCCAUUCUGUUACAUCAGGCACUGACCAUCCUCGCUCCGGGAAUGUACAACUACAAACUAAGACAUGUUCGACCGAUGCAACCUUCUUGACGUAAAAUCUCAUUCUAGUUUACCCAGAAAAAUAUUACAUUGUGUUGUUAUAUCUUGAUUAAUAACAGCUACAGUGUAUUCAUGAAGUUUAAUUUAAUAGACAAUUUGACUUAAUUUGCAACAUAUCAAAGCUUAUGAAGAUGAUACAUAGAAACUGUAGAAAUGUGGGUAUUUGCUUUAAUCUAAAUGUAAUCAUAUUAAUGAGGAGUUAAUGGAGGUUGUGAAAUUUUCAUUAACCCAUUCACCCCUAAAGCCACAUUUGAACCUUGCCAAAUCAGAGACUGGACAAGUCCAAUUAAUUGUGCAGGGGGGAAUGAGUUAACAAUGAUGAUUAAUAGUUUUUACAGUUUGUUUGAUGUGUUACAAGAUGCAUGUAGUGUGCAGAUCUAGAUGUGAUAUAAAGUUUAAUCAAAGUUUGUCCACUACGAAACAAAGACUUCUAAGACUACAAUUACCCUGUAAGAUCCUCUGUAUAAAACCUUAUAAGCUUUUGAUAAUGAUUUGUUUAGUCAAAUUUUCAAAUUGAUAUUUUUGACAGAUUUAUAAAGAAAUACAAAAAAAAAUUCAUUUGGAAUUCCAUGGUUUUUGGUUGUUAACAGUUUGUCUUUAAAUUUGAAUACUAUUAUUCUGAUUGAAUUGAAAAAUGAAUUAUAAGGUUAAAGUUAAGAGGUACAUUUUUCUUUUUUUAAUUCACUAACCAGAGUAUAUUUCAUUGAGUUAGCACAUUCAAUUGUCUAAAGAACAAAAUUGUUCAUACCACGUAUUAAAGGUAUUCUGGCAAAUCAAUGUCCUAUAUUUGGGUAUGUAAAAGUGGACGUCUAUUUCUGUGAUGUAUAAUAAUAUGAGGUAUGGGUAUUAUAAUUUAUUAUUGAGUAGGGUGUUGUAAAUUGUAACACUCAAAAUCCUGGGAGUUACGUUAUUAUCUGUGAUUAAUCAAAAGGCCAGUAUUAAUCAAAUGUGUGUCUGCCUAAAUCUGAGCCAGUAUUUUAAAGUUCCGCCAAGUAGCUAGAGUAUAGGUAGGGAUUUCUUUUGUAAAUGUUGCUUUCUUUACUGGUUUUAAUGAAUUGUUGAACUCAUUGACCCCUGAAGACACAUUUGAACUCUUCCGAUUCAAAGGUUGGAAAAGUUCACUAUGAAAUUUUAGGGGUGAAUGAGUUAAAACAUUAUUUUAUUUUGGUGCAGUUAUUGAUACAAAUAAUGGACACUCUCAGAUGUAAACAUUUCCAGACAGUUUGGUUCAGGAUCCCUGUAUCACUGCCAAAAAACAGUAAGCAUGCAUUGAAAACCUACUUUUACUUACCUUACAUGAUUAAAGCUUUGAUAAAUGAUUUCUGAAAAGAAAACCAUGCCUUGUGGGACUUAAAUGAAAAAGAGAAUUAAAAUGAAAGAAAACGAAAUAUAAUCAAUGAGAGUGUUCCGAGUGCUAAAAUAAUUAAAUUCUAUGUGUCCAGAUAGGGAUUCACGAGCUUGAGAAGUUUAUGGGCAUACCUUCAUAUUGUCCAUGCAAUACUUUUCUGAAAAUCUGCAGCAACCAUUUUUAACUCAGGUUCAGAACUUAUGACUGUUGAUGAUUUAAAUAUUGAUAAAUAUAUGUCCUGUUGGUAAAUUAAGACGAUGUUAUUAAUCUAAAAAUAAAAAUAAA